AUGGGCGAGGGCGGGCUGCCCCCGGCCUAGCUGCUGCUGCGCGCCUGCGACCAGGGCGACACGGAGACGGCGCGGCGGCUGCUGGAGCCGGGGGCGGCGGCGGCGGAGCGCGGCGCGGAGCCCGAAGCGGGCGCAGAGCCGGCGGGGGCCGAGGCGGCCGGGCCCGGGGCGGCGACGGCGGCGGCCGGAGCGCCCGUGCCUGUGGACUGCUCAGACGAGGCGGGCAACACGGCGCUGCAGUUCGCCGCGGCCGGGGGCCACGAGCCGCUGGUGCGCUUCUUGUUGCGCCGCGGCGCCUCGGUCAACAGCCGCAACCACUACGGCUGGAGCGCGCUCAUGCAGGCAGCCAGAUUUGGGCACGUGAGCGUGGCACACCUCCUUUUGGAUCAUGGAGCUGAUAUCAAUGCCCAGAACCGUCUAGGCAGCGUGCUCACUGUGGCCCUCUCGGGUGGCCACCUGGGUGUGGUGAAGCUGCUUCUGGAAGCUGGUGCCUUUGUGGACCAUCACAGCUCCUCAGGCGAGCAGGUAGGGGACAGCAGGGAUGAGCUGUUGGACAUCACAGCCCUGAUGGCUGCCAUCCAGCGGCAUGAGGCUGUGGUGCGUCUGCUGAUGGAGUGGGGCGCGGACCCCAACCACGUGGCCCGAACCGUGGGCUGGAGCCCACUGAUGCUGUCAGCACUCACUGGGAGGCUCGGCAUGGCUCAGCAGCUGGUGGAGAAGGGGGCCAACCCUGACUACCUCAGCGUGUUAGAGAAGACCGCCUUCGAGGUUGCACUUGACUGCAAGCACAGGGACCUUGCAGACUACCUGGACCCACUGACCACUGUCAGGCCCAAGACAGAUGAGGAGAAAAGGCGGCCUGAUAUUUUCCACGCGUUGAAAAUGGGAAACUUCCAGCUGGUCAAAGAGAUCGCAGACGAAGACCCUAACUAUGUGAACCUGGUCAAUGGAGAUGGGGCAACCCCGCUGAUGCUGGCGGCUGUCACGGGGCAGCUGCCUCUGGUGCAGCUGCUGGUGGAGAGGCGCGCUGACAUCGACAAGCAAGACAGCGUGCAUGGCUGGACAGCCCUCAUGCAGGCCACCUACCAUGGGAAUAAGGAAGUUGUCAAAUACCUGCUAAACCAAGGAGCUGAUGUCACUCUUCGUGCAAAAAACGGGUACACGGCCUUUGACCUAGUGAUGCUGCUGAGUGACCCUGACACGGAACUUGUUCGACUGCUGGCAUCUGUCUGCAUGCAGGUGAAUAAAGACAAAGGCCGGCCCAGCCACCCACCACCUCUGCCCCACUCGAAGGUCCGACAGCCUUGGAGUGUCCCAGUGCUGCCCGAUGACAAAGGCGGGCUCAAGUCCUGGUGGAACCGAAUGUCCAAUCGGUUCCGGAAGCUCAAACUGAUGCAGACCCUGCCCCGCAGGCUCUCCAGCAACCAGCCAUUGCCUUUCUGUGAUGAACCAGACUCAGCGCUGGACUCCACAAUGAGGGCGGCCCCCCAGGACAAGACAAGCCGCUUGGGGCUUCAUGAUGUAGCCCCCACAGUGAAAGAUAAUGGUCCCGGGAGCAUGAGAGGAGACAAAGAAGAUGUGUUAUUGACAACCAUGCUUCGAAAUGGAGCCCCCUUCCCCAGACUCCCGAGUGACAAGCUGAAGGCAGUCAUCCCCCCUUUCUUACCCCCUUCCAGUUUUGAGCUGUGGAGCUCGGACCGGUCCCGGACAUGUCACGGUGGGAAGGCAGAACCCAUGAAGACUGUGCUGCCCCAGAGAGCUGGCCGGGGUGCCCCCGUGGGCAUGGGCGGUGGGAGCACAGACGCUACUCCUGUCAGGCCGGUUAAAUUUCCAUCUCUCUCCAGAAGCCCCGCCUCUCCUGCCAAUUCCGGAAACUUCAACCACUCACCUCAUUCCUCAGGCGGCUCCAGUGGGGUCGGGGGCUCCAGCAGGCAUGGUGGGGAGCUGCAUAACCGCUCAGGUGGCAGCAUAGACAGUGUCCUGUCACAGAUUGCUGCCCAGAGGAAAAAGGCAGCCGGAUUAUCUGAGCAGAAGGCCAGCCACCGGUCAAGUCCUGUUGGGCCAGCGCCAGGGUCCGGCUCAUCUGAGCUCCCAGUCUCUCCUGCAGGCAGCGGCGGUCCCAGUGGCAAGAAACUGGAGACGAGCAAACGGCCUUUGUCUGGAACUUCCACUACCUCCAAAAGCACCUCCCCCACACUCACGCCCUCCCCUUCGCCCAAAGGGCACGCGGCCGAGUCCUCUGUGUCCUCCUCGCCCCAUCGGCAGUCCAAGAGCAGUGGGGGCUCCAGCAGCGGCACCAUCACAGAUGAAGAUGAACUGACUGGAAUCCUUAAGAAAUUAUCACUUGAGAAGUAUCAGCCCAUUUUUGAGGAGCAAGAGGUGGAUAUGGAAGCAUUCCUCACGCUUACCGACGGCGACUUGAAGGAGCUGGGUAUUAAGACAGAUGGGUCCAGGCAGCAGAUUUUGGCAGCAAUUUCUGAACUGAAUGCAGGCAAGGGACGCGAGAGACAGAUUUUACAGGAAACCAUUCACAACUUCCACUCUUCCUUUGAGAGCAGCGCCAGCAACACCAGGGCCCCUGGAAACAAUCCCUGUACAUGAUCCUCCCUCCUGUGGUCACCAUCGUGAGCUUUCUGAAUUCCAGUACUGCCCUCACACAGCCAGUGCUCCGGCCACCGUCAGCUCUUUCCCCAUUCCCUGAAACAGGCCACACUUUGUCACACCACCAUGCCUUUGUUCACUCUGCCCAGAACACCUGUCUUCCCUUCCCUGCUGUAGUAGUUGGUGAUGCUUGUUGCUGUAACAAACUCAAACAUGGUAGACUUAACCUCACAUGAAGUCUGGAACGGCUGCUUCUGCUUGGCAGGUGACUUCACACUGUGAUUUAGGGACCCAUCUCAUUUCAUCUUGCAGCCCUGCCAUCCCCAGGGACCUCAGCAUCUUUUCUUCUGGUUGGCAAAAAGGGGAAAGGGACAGUGGAGAAGGCACAGCCAUUCUUAACUACUUUCCUCUUAAUUGCCCUUGUUCCAUCUGUUCCUCCUCACAUUCCAUUGGCCUCCACUAGUCAUGUGGCAUCAUCUGAGUGUGAAGGAUGCUGGGAAAUGUAGUCUUUGUUUAGGUGGUGGCUCCCCAGCAGCAACUCUAAACUUAGCUGGGGCAGCAUGUGUUUUGGAGAAUGCUUAGCCUUCCCUGACACAUCUUUCCGGAAAACUUCUAACUUGUUCUUUGUGAUCCAAGUCACCUGUACAGUGAAGCCUUUCUUGACUCUCUUACAUAGAACUAACUUUUCAGCCCCUGGGGUCCUUUACUGCGUGUCUGAAACUCUGUUCUAAUGCUUGGCUGCACCCACUGCAUACAACAUACAACAGGUGUUCAGGAUGUGUAUGUUGAAUGCAUUUUUCUUUGUUGCAAGGGCAACCUUUUCUAUAGGAAACAAGAGUAAGCCCACUGCAUGAUCCUGGAUCCCUUCUUUCUGGCCUAAGUGUUGUCACCUGCAAGAUCAGGGCUUGGGCAGGAUGAUGCCCUAAGUCUAUGCUGUUCACCCGUAUCACUGUAGGGCUUUCUACACUUCAGGUGGGAGCAGAAGACCCUAAUAGAUUACACUGUGGAAGGACUUUGGUGCUCACAUUUUCUAGACAAAGAGCUAAGCAUUUGGAAUUUCUCGUAUACCCUGUUAAUGCUAUGUUCCUCAGAAGGGAAUUAGUUCUUGUAAUUUUCUGCCAUGUCAUAGUACCUCAGCAGCGCCCCGACUUCUAAAAUCCAGUAGCUUUUGGAAGUGUUUUCAAGUGAGUAAUUUGUUUGGCCAGUGCUUGCUACAUUUCUUUUACGUGCUGAGUGCGGGGGAUACAGAGAUGAGCUAGAGCCAGUCCCACCCUUGGGGACCUCGAGAGGCAGGAGAGGAUG